GUUCCCCGAAUUUUGCAUUUCCAGAAACCCCCCUAAAAAGAGAUAAUGGCGUCUGGCAAUUCUGGAAAUCCACCCUCAUCGCCGGAUUCUCCAACCACAUCUGCAGGAUUCAACACCGAUCAGCUCCCUCACAACACCAGCCAGAACUACACCGACGACGACGAUGAAGCCGCCGUUGAUCCCCAAAUCCUCCCUGAAGAGCCUGAAGAACCCGAAGAAGAAGAAGAGGAAGGAGAGGAUCUAUUCAACGACAAUUUUAUGGAUGAUUAUCGUAGAAUGGAUGAGCAUGAUCAGUACGAGACCGUGGGGCUGGACGAAUCGUUCGAGGAUGAUAGGGAUCCUGACCAGGUGAUUCAGGAUCGAAGGGCGGCUGAGUUGGAGCUCGAGGCUCGUGAUGUUAAAUUUUCGAAUCGGAAGCUCCCUCAGCUUCUACAUGACAAUGAUACGGAUGAUGACAGUUACAGGCCUUCAAAAAGGUCUAGAGCUGAUUUCAGGCCCCCAAGAAGCUAUGAUGAUGUUGAUACUGAUGAUGGUUUGCAGAGCUCACCAGGUAGAUCACAGAGUAGACAUUCAAGGGAAGAUGUGCCUAUGACUGAUCAAACAGAGGAUUAUCAAGAUGAGGAUGAAGAUGGCGAUGAAGGCGAGUUUGAGAUGUACCGUGUCCAAGGAACUCUCAGGGAAUGGGUUACCAGAGAUGAAGUUCGUCGUUUCAUUGCUAAGAAGUUUAAGGAAUUCUUACUUACAUAUGUGAAUCCAAAGAAUGAAGAUGGAUAUUUUGAAUAUGUUCGACUGAUAAAUGAAAUGGUGUCAGGUGAAACAUCUUCAAAUGUGAUCUUAAGGCAAAUUCAUUUGAACACUAUGAUUCGUGUUGGAGGAGUUGUGACUAGGCGAUCUGGUGUCUUCCCUCAGUUGCAGCAGGUAAAAUAUGAUUGCAACAAGUGUGGAGCAAUUUUGGGACCAUUCUUUCAGAAUUCUUAUUCAGAAGUCAAGGUUGGUUCUUGCCCUGAAUGCCAAUCAAAAGGACCAUUCACUGUUAACAUUGAGCAGACAAUAUACAGAAAUUACCAGAAGCUUACACUCCAAGAAAGCCCUGGAAUUGUGCCUGCAGGACGGCUUCCAAGAUACAAGGAAGUGAUACUGUUGAAUGAUUUGAUUGACUGUGCACGCCCUGGGGAAGAAAUUGAGGUCACUGGCAUAUAUACAAAUAAUUUUGACUUGUCUUUGAACACAAAGAAUGGAUUUCCUGUCUUUUCCACUGUUAUCGAAGCAAACUAUGUCACAAAGAAGCAGGAUCUCUUUUCUGCAUACAAGCUCACUCAGGAGGACAAAGAAGAAAUUGAAAAGUUGUCUAAAGACCCAAGGAUAGGCGAAAGAAUUAUCAAGUCUAUUGCCCCGUCCAUCUAUGGACAUGAGGACAUAAAAACUGCAUUAGCUCUGGCUAUGUUUGGAGGCCAAGAGAAAAAUGUUGAAGGGAAACACCGGCUGCGAGGAGACAUCAACGUGCUUCUCCUAGGUGAUCCUGGCACGGCAAAAUCUCAAUUUCUGAAGUAUGUUGAAAAGACUGGACAAAGGGCCGUGUAUACUACUGGUAAAGGGGCUUCUGCUGUUGGUCUAACGGCUGCAGUGCACAAGGACCCAGUGACAAGAGAGUGGACCCUUGAAGGAGGAGCCCUUGUUCUAGCCGAUAAAGGGAUCUGCCUGAUUGAUGAGUUUGACAAGAUGAAUGAUCAGGACAGGGUGAGCAUCCAUGAAGCAAUGGAGCAGCAGAGUAUUAGUAUAUCCAAGGCUGGCAUUGUUACUUCUCUCCAGGCUCGGUGCUCUGUUAUUGCCGCUGCAAAUCCUGUUGGAGGAAGAUACGACUCCUCCAAAACAUUUUCACAGAAUGUUGAGUUGACAGAUCCCAUCGUUUCUCGUUUUGACAUCCUCUGUGUUGUCAAGGAUGUGGUUGACCCCAUAGCAGAUGAGAUGCUUGCAGAGUUUGUAGUUGAUAGUCAUUUCAAAUCACAGGCCAAGGGUGCUAAUAUAGAUGAUAGGUCCUAUGGUGAGUCUCAGGAAGAUCAAGCCUCUGCCAGGCCAGUUGAUCCAGAGGUUCUUUCUCAAGAUUUGCUGAAGAAGUACAUUACCUAUGCCAAGUUGAACAUAUUCCCAAGGUUUCAUGAUUCUGACAUGGAAAAACUCACACAAGUUUAUGCUGAGCUGCGGAGAGAAUCGUCGCAUGGACAAGGUGUACCUAUAGCAGUGAGGCACAUAGAAUCAAUGAUACGGAUGUCUGAAGCACACGCCAGAAUGCACCUCAGACAGCAUGUCACUGAAGAAGAUGUGGACAUGGCAAUAAGUGUUUUGCUAAAUUCAUUCAUUUCGACACAAAAAUACGGGGUGCAGAGGGCUCUGCAAAAGAGUUUCAGAAAGUACAUUACUUACAAGAUGGAUUACAAUAGAAUGCUUCUCAAUCUUCUACAAGAGAUUGUGAACAGAGCACUGCGUUUUGAAGAAAUCAUUUCUGGCUCGGCGUCAGGGCUUACCCACAUAGAUGUGAAAGUAGAUGAUCUGCUGAACAUGGCUGAAGAGCGUGGGAUCAGUGAUCUAAGACCCUUCUUCUCGAGUACUGAUUUUUCUGCUGCCAACUUCAAGUUGGAUGAAGAACGACGAAUGAUCAGACAUCUCCUUCCAAGACUCUGAACAGUAUCAGAAUGUGUUGCACAUGAUUAGAUUAGGUUAAUCAUUUAGUUAGAAUUUCAACGGUGUUUAUGGUUGGUAUUGGAGGAGCAACAAAAGUAAUGAUUAUCAGAAGAAUUUCUCCGGCGAUAUCUUUGAGGCGUAACUCUUUUUUUCGGGUGACAUUCGUUAUAUAUUUUUGUUCGAACAAUUCUAAGUAGAUUGGAGAACUGUACUUGUGGAUUUAAAUUCUAAAAGAAAUUCUCGCAAGAUCUAAAUGCAUUUUCAUGCAUGUGGACGCUUUUGUUUUCUGGAAGGGAAUGGGUUCAUUUCCGAUGCCCUCUUGCAUGUAGCCUCUAAAAACCUGUUUGCUUGAGGAAAAGAUCCGCUUGGUUUGA